GACGUGGGAGCCGUCCUCAAGUGCUGGGCUGCCCUGCCUAUGGUGGGCAUCCAGAUCUUCCUGUACUGCUCGGGAGCCCACGACAUCAUGGAGCAGGCGGAGACGGUGUCCAGCGCGGCUUACGACUGCUCCUGGUUGGGGGCGGACCGGAGGCGGCGACGCGCGCUGCUGCUGGUCAUGUGCCGAGCCCAGAGGCCGCUGCAGCUCACAGCAGGCAAGCUCUACCCUAUCAACAGGCCCACAUUCCUCUCGCUUUUGCAGGUGACCUACUCUUACUACACAUUGCUUCAGAACCUGAACAGUCGAUAAGAAGAAAACUUCAUAUUAGAGGAGCACUAUGGAUUAAAAGAAUGGACUACCACCAGCCCCUUUCCUUAGAAGGAUUUCUGGAAAAUCAUUAUCACAUCCACACCAGCAAUCAACACUGUCAUUCUUGUUAUAGCCAGAAAGAAAUUAAUGAGGCAGAUUGCUUUUCUGCACAGAGUAGAACAACAUGUUAAUCAUGGAUUGUACAAGUUUCUGUUUUA